UUGAUAAACACCAACUUAAUUUUUUUAUCUCUAUUUCAAAAUAAAUUAUACUCCACCGGUACAUUUUAAUAAAAAUAUUUAAAUUGUUUUUCAAGUAUAUAAUUGUGGAAUAUCUAAAGCAAAGAUGUAUUUCGGUCUAACUCAUGUAGGCGGUAGGUGACAAAGAACAUUUUUGGAAGCAUCCAUUUUAUUUUUGUUUAUAAAUUCACGUUGGAGCACAUUUCAAUUAUAUCUACAGAUCGGUCUUGUUUUCAAUACAUUCUGUUUAAUCGGCAUUUUUGACUCCAAAUUCCAAUGCCUUCUGCAGUUCCGCAAUGUGGAAAAUCGCGAUCUGAUAAAGGAUUUCAGUAAAAAAAACAACUGAGAUUAGAUAUUGAAAUAUGUUCAUAGUAAUUGGCAAAUGCUUCAAACUUUGAUAUUUGGUUUUUAUUAUAAUUACUAAAAAUUCUAAUUAAUAUAAAUAAACUGUUCUUUAAGACGUUUCCAUGCAAUGGCUGAAUGGCUGUGUUAUAUUGUAGAAAAGAAACAUUUAGUAUCAGUAGCUUUAAUCAUUUUAAGGAAGUUAUAUAUCUCAACAUCAACUAAAGUCUGCAUAAUUGUAUACUUAUAGUUAGCCAAUCAAAUAAAACAACUAAAAUGUUAUAUUUACAGAGAAUGCCAUGAUGGAAUUAUUAAAUAAAGUAAGUGAGAAUGAUCCUGUGUUCUGUCCAAAUGGUUGUGGACAUUCGUAUAUUGGUACACACCGCAAACACAAUCUCAAAAAACAUUUGAUAUAUGCAUGCGGAAAAAGUCCACAAUUUCAAUGUGUAGUUUGCUUGAGAAAAUUUGCUCGCAAGCAUACCCUAAAAAGCCAUUUAUUAUCUAUUCACAAAAAAAUUUUUAAUUCUUAUUUGAUUUAAUAUUAUAUAGCUUUAAUGUAAAUAACAAACAUUUUUCAAACUAAAAUAAUACAUGAAUAUUUUAUUUUAUUUAGCAGUACACACAGUUCAGUUCAAUUUUCCUUGUAUCAUAAGUAUUUUAAUAAUAUAUAUUAUGUAUUAUGUACAAUACACUAUUCAUAUUCAAUGUUUUCAAGACUAAUUAAUGUAAACAUUUAACAACUAACAAAAAAUUAUGUUUAUUAUACAUAAAAAAGUUCAUAGAUCAUAAAUAACAAAAAAAGCUUUUUAAAUGACAUACAUAUUACAUAAUAUAGUGUAUUUACUUGUAUAAAGGGUGGAAUUAGUAUAUAGAUAAUAAAAUACAACUUUUUUUAAUGUUUAAUUUUUAAUUUGCAAUAAAAAAUUGUAUAUUUAAAAUUGUAUUUACACACAUUUUUUAUUGUGUAUUUUUACAACACAUGGUAAGUACAUAAAUGCACUGCUAUGAAGUUAAAUUUAAAAAAUAACCUUAAAAUAUUUAUUUUUAAAUACAAAGAUAAUAUUAAAUUUUUUAUUGUGAAACAUAACUUUGUAACUUGGUGAUGUAUAUUAUAAUUGUUAAAAUAAAUUCAUAAUCUUGAGAAUUUUGGACCUUUUAAAGAAAUGAUAUACUUCAGUAUUGUACAACUAAACCAUACUUAGUAAUAAUUAAAAAUAAUUUAAAUGUUACAUUUUCAGGGAUUCUUAUGAAUGAUUUAUUAAAUAUGGCUUGUAAAUACAACCCAGCAUUCUGCCCAAAUGGCGAUGUGGUCAUUCAUAUAAUGGCACGGAACGCAAGAAAAAUCUCAAAAAACAUUUGAUAUAUGCAUGUGGCCAAAAUCCACAAUUUCAAUGUAGAGUUUGCUCAAGAAAAUUUGUUCGCAAACAUACUCUAAAAAUACAUUUAUUAUGUGUUCACCAACUAAUUUUGAAUUCUAAUUGUACUUAAUAUUAUAUAGUUUUUAUAUAUACACGUAACAUACAUGUUUAAAACUAAAUUAAUAUAUGAAUAUUGAAUGUUUUAUUUUACUUGGCAUUAGGUACACUGAUUUCAGUUCAUCCUGACUUGUAUCAUAAGUGUUUUAAUAAAAUACAUAUGGAUGUACAAUUAUAUACUAUUCAUGUUCCUGAAUAUGAAUAUUAUACUCAAUUAUUCCUCCUUUUCAUUUGAAGUUCCAACUUUUUAAUGAAUGAUUCCUUAGUCAGAGCCAUGUGUUCUUUAAAUAAUAAUGUUUAUCAUUGGCCUUAAUACAAUUUUCUUGUGUUUGUAUAUUAUAUUGUCAUUAUUUUACUUUUAUAACUACUUCUGUAAAUUAAAUUUUUAUUUCAAUUGUCGAUACCUAUGUUAUAAGUGUUUGGGCGUAGAUUUAUAAAACUUAAUAUUUAAUAUUUUUCAAAGCUACAUGGAAGAAUUUAGUAACUAACAAAAAAUUUUCUUAAAAAACAUAUCUUAAUAUGUAUUUACAUCUACAAUUGAGUUGGUAGUAGAAUUGUUACAACAUUUGAUUGGUACAUAAAUACAUUGCUAAGAAAUUAAAUUUAAAAUAUAAACUUUAAAUUAUGUAACUUUAAAUAUAAACAUAAUGUUUUUUUUGUUGUUGUAUAAAACAGUAUUUUGUAACUUGGUGCCAUUUAUAUUUUAAUUAUUAAAAAUAAAUUUUUUACGGUGAGAACUUUAUCCCUUUUAAAGAGCUGUUAUAUUUCAAUAUUGUACAACUAAACUAUAUUUAGUUAAUAAUGUAAAAUAAUUUAAAUGUUAUAUUUUAAGAAAAUCGUACUAUGAAAACAAGUUCUUAAUUAUGGCUAUUGAAAAUGACUCAGCAUUCUGUCAAAACAAAUGUGGCUAUUCAUGCCCCAAACCCCUUAAAUAUUGCUGAAAAACAUUAUAUUCUUUAAAAUUUGAACAAUAGUGUACAGGAAUACGGUACGCAGCUACAAAAUUAAAUUUAAAAAAAAAUAAAAAUAAACUUAAAUUUAGGUAUGUUUAGAUAAUGUUUCUUUUUGUGUAAAACAUAAUUUUGUAACAUUGUGAUGUAUAUUAUGAUUGUUAAAAUAAACUCAUAGUUUGAGAACUCUGGCCCUUUUAAAGGAAUGAUAUAUUUCAGUAUUGUGCACUAAACCAUACUUAGUAAUGAUUUUAAAUAAUUUAAAUGUUACAUUUUCAGAGAGUCAUAUGAAAGAGUUUUUAAACAUGGCUAGUCGUAGUGACCCAGCAUUCUGCCCAAACGGCUGCGGUCGUUCAUAUAAAGGCACAGAACGGAAGUCCAAUCUAAAAAGACAUUUAAAAUAUUCAUGUGGGAUGUACCCAACAUUGAAAUGUAUUGUGUGCCAAAAUCCAUUCAAGCAUAAUCAUACAUUGCAGUAACAUAUACUGACUACUCAUCAACUUAAGUAAAUACAUGUUUUCCAAAAAAGCUCAGAUAAAAGGAAAUGUUUACAAACAAUGUUUAUCAUGAUAUAUUAUCAAUGAUGUUUCAUUUUCAAAAAAACAUUUUAUUUAAAAUGCAUAACAACUUAAUUUGUUUUUUUUUUUGUUUAAUAUUAAAUUGUAAGACAUUUUCCUAAUACACCUUAAUUUGUAUUCAACUACUUCUAUACCUAAAUAAAUAAAAGAAAAAUGUAAUAAGAAAAAAACAAAUGUUAUUAUUAUUACAUGUUUUUUACAGUCAGCAUAAAUACAUUUUUUUUAAAAACACUCCUCCUCUUGUUAUAUUUUGGUGAUAGAAUAAAACCCUUAUUAUACAAUCCUAUCAGCUUUGGCCUUAUAUAUUGUUUAGCUAUGUAUGUACAAUGUACUUUAAUAGUUUUUGAAAUUCAAUUGUAUGGUAUCAUAUUGUUAAUACAUUUAUUUUGCUAGUAAAUUAUUAAACAUAAAUAUUUGUCUUAAUUAUUUUUCAUAUUCGCUUUGAUAGCCAGGGGCAUUAGCAUUAUAUUUUUUUUAAAAUAUAAUUACAAUUUUAUAUUUACAGAGAAUAAUAUGAACGAGUUAUUAAAUAAAGCUAGUAAAAACGACCCAGCAAUCUGCCCAAAUGGUUGUGGCCAUGAGUAUAAAGAAUUGUCUUGCAGUUGGUUAACUCAACUUAAUUGGAUAACACAAUUAGAUCCAGCCAGUUGUCCAAACAAAUGUGGUAAAUUGUAUAGAGGACCUUAUAGAAAGCAUCAUCUCAGACAACAUUUGGUGUAUGAAUGUGGUGUUAUACCAAAAUUUCAAUGCAAAAUAUGUUCCAAGCGUUUCGCUAGAAACCCUCAGUUAAAAUAUCAUUUAAUUAGAAUACAUAAAAUUGUUGCUUAGCAUCGUAAAAUGUAUUCUAUCAAAAACGUUUAUAAUCUGGUUCAUUGUCAUUCAUUAAAGCUGAUAAAAAAUGACAACAUUUUUCAAAAAAAAUCAAUAUCAAAUAAAAUUGUUUUCAUUUAAAUUAA